AUGCUGCAAAACGUCCUCUGGCCCACCAUCACCGGUGACCUCAAGUGGCCCGACACCACGCCGCCCACCGUCGCCGUCGUCCCGCCGCAGUGGCUGCCCUCGCGCGACGCCUCGCCCCAUGCGCUGCGGGCCACCUGGCUCGGCCACGCCUGCUACUACGUCGAGUUCCCCUCGGGCCUGCGCGUGCUCUUCGACCCCGUCUUCGAGGACCGCUGCUCGCCCUUUAGCUUCAUGGGCCCCAAGAGGUUCACGCCCAAGCCGUGCGACCUCAAGGACAUACCCGUCGUCGACGCCGUCGUCAUCAGCCACAGCCACUACGACCACCUGUCGCACGGCUCCGUGCUGGAGAUUCAGAAGCACCACCCGCAGGCCCAAUUCUUCGUCGGGCUCGGCCUGGAGCCCUGGUUCCGCCGCAACGGGCUCAAGAACGUCACCGAGCUGGACUGGUGGGAGGACGCCGAGCUGACCGUCACCGUCCCCGUCGGCGACGACAACAGCAACAGCGAGAAGAAGAAGAAGAGCAUCUCGGCGCGCAUCUCGUGCCUCCCCGCCCAGCACACAUCCGCCCGCUCCGCCUUCGACAAGGACACGACGCUGUGGUGCUCCUGGGGCGUCCGCUCCGGCGACAACAACGUCUGGUUUGGCGGCGACACGGGCUACCGCGCCGUGCCGCACCUCCCGCCCGGCGUCGACGACUACGGGCCCGAGUACGAGUCGCUGCCCCGGUGCCCGCAGUUCAAGCACAUCGGCCAGCACCGCGGGCCCUUUGACCUCGGCCUCAUCCCCAUCGGCGCCUACUUCCCGCGCGUCGCCUUCUCCGCCAUGCACGCCAACCCCUUCGACUCGGUCGAGAUCUUCCAAGACACGCAGUGCCGCCGCGCCAUGGGCAUCCACUGGGGCACCUGGGCCCUGACCAUGGAGGACGUCCUCGAGCCGCCGCGGCAGCUCAAGGAGGCGCUCAGGCGCAAGGGCAUCCCGGAGGAGGGCGUCUUUGACGUCUGCGAUAUUGGCCAGAGCAGGGAGUUUUAG